AAAGAGAGAAAGUACAUCGUUUACUCAAAGGUCAUUAAUAAACAAUGGAGCUCGUCAUCAAAGACAUAAGUGGAACAACACAGCAUGUGAAUGUUCUGCCAAAUACCACCAUCGGUGAACUGAAGCAGAACAUUGCCCCUCACUUUGGGGCAAGAGCCUCAUGCCUGAAGCUUUCAGCCAGUGGUCAGAUUCUGGAUAAUGACCAGAAGACUGUGAGCCAAUACGGUCUGAGUUCAGGAUCCACCGUGAUGCUGCUGAUCUCCAUGAGCCCCGUUUCAUUUCAGGUGUUUGUGAAGAAUCCGAGUGAACAGAUAAAGACAUACGACAUCACUGAUGAAGAGACAGUCGAUCAGUUGAUGAUGAAGAUCUAUCAGAUAGAACAAACACCAGUUGACCAGCAGCGGCUAAUCUACAACGGUCAACAGCUCCAGUGUGGCAGGAAGCUGCAGGAUUACGACAUUGGUCCAGAAAGUACCAUUUAUACGACCCUCCGUCUGCGUGGAGGCCGAUGGGUCAAAUAACAUGUGGAGAUCAUUUUUGUCCUAUUUAACCACAGGUCAAAAGAUAAUAAUGGCCUAAAUGGUCAAAUUAUUUGCUGUUUCUAUUUAUAAUGUAACAACACAUGUACAACUAUCUUUAAUAAAUACAUCAUUAAUAUAAUGCACCUUUUUAUUUAUUAAAAAGACCAAAACAUACUUUAAAUGUGUAAGUGGAAAAUGCUGUCACUUGUCUAAAUAUUGUACUCUUGCUGUGAU